AUGUCCUUUUCUUGCUACCACAGAGCGACGCGAUCUGCCUUCACACCUUGUUUCCGGCGAUUCUACUCUACCCCAGAGCCAGGAAAGAAAACAAACAUUCAGCUAAUUGCAGAACUGCGAAAACUCACCAAUGCACCUCUCUCAAAAGCGCGAUUAGCACUGCAGGAAUCUAAUGGAGACUUGGAGGGCGCGAAGAAGUGGCUGGAAGCGGAACUAGUGGUGUCAGGUGCUGCGAAAGCAGCCAAAGUCGAGGGCAGAGCGGCAAAUCAAGGUGUCAUCAGCCUUACCGUUGUAGAUGGAGGAUAUGGACAUGGCUUUGAUCCCAAACACCACCAAAAAGAACGCGACGGACGUAUCAGGGCAGGGCUGGUCGAAGUCAACUGCGAGUCUGAUUUUGUCGCCAGAACCGACCAGUUCUCUCAGCUUGCAGUGGCUCUUUCGUCUGUCGUUGCCCGGAUACCUGCCUUGUCACAUUCCGAGGAUCCGUCCUUCGAACACCUUGACGUACCUGAGCUUUUACAGGCUCAGUACGGGGACGGAGCCAUGACCGUUAAAUCAACUAUUCAGAAUAUAAUUGCGACCAUUGGCGAGAACAUAUUUAUACGACGCGCCGCAGCGAUAUCAUGGGCUCCCCAGCCGGACCGCGCCGUCCGACUUGGUUGGUAUACCCACAACUCCAAUGUCCCCUUCCAAGGCCAGAUAGUCGGGUUAUCUUUGCUAGACAUUCGCGCUCAAUCCGUUGGGAAGCUCCUUGAGCCAACAACAGAGAACUCGCCAUUGUCAGACAAGGCGGGACAGCUGUCGCAUGCCCUCGCUCAGCAAAUUGUCGGAUUCAAUCCCGUGUCUAUUACGGGAAACGAUGAAAUGAGCUUGUACGAACAGGGCUUCAUGGCGGGCCAAGGAGCAUUAGUCAAAGACUAUCUCGUGAACUGGCGCGGGGAAAACAAAUUGCAAUCAGUGGAUGUCGCUGGUUUCCUCAGAUGGAAAGUUAGCGAACCGGUCCCAUAG